UCUGACGGUGUUGCGCGGAUUACACACAUUAUAUAGCUGAGAACACAAGCUUCACUGGUUGUUUUACAAAGAUGGCCGUCCUGUACCUUCUUGGAUUAUUCCUCGUCGUUGGUCUCGCUCAGUGCGAGCCAGCUGAGCCAGAGAUUGCUUACAUCGAAGAUUCUCUUCGAGGAUCAAGAAUCAUCGACGGAUGGGUGGCCGUAAACGGGCAGUUUCCACACACCGUCAACAUCCGCAGUGUGGGAGAUACUGGCUUAGUGAGUGCAUGCACCGGCUCCAUACUCACCAACGUGUGGAUCCUCACUGCUGCCCACUGUCUGGCCAGGCGCUACACACACAUAGUACGACUCGGAGACGUGGACAUCUCGACCCCUGGCUACAUGCUUGAGAGCCAGGAGAGGUACAUCCACCACGGCUACGACCUGGAGGAAACCUCCGUGCAGACUGAUGACAUUGCAGUACUGAAGCUGGACCGUUACAUCCCCUAUAAUGACUACAUCCAGCCAAUCAGACUACAGAGCAGUCAGCGUAACUCGAUGGAGUACACGCUCAUGCAACUGGUACAGAGCGGGUACGGACGUACCGACGACUGGUGGGCCCCUGGAUCCAUCGUCCCCGACAACCUGAGGUGGACCUACCAGCGCGGCCUCUCCAUGCUGGUCUGCCGCUCCUGGUACCCUCACAGCCAAGUCAUCGAUGAUCGGAAGACUAUCUGCGCGCAGUUCUACAAUGACACCAGGCAGAACCCUUGCACGGGAGACAGUGGUGGUGCUCUAACGAUAGAAGACAUCGAUGGCAAGCCCACACAGAUCGGCAUCAUGAGCUUCGGAUCCGCACGUGGUUGCAGCAGCCAUAACCCAUCAGGUCACGUCCGUCCGGAGUACUACCACUCCUGGCUGGAGGAGGUGACCGGCAUCAGCUUCGACUGGAACGUCGAGGAUCUGGAAGCCAGCAUUGCUGGUGGAGACCAGAACGAACAGAUACAAGUUGUUGAAUAAAUUAUGUAAUAGAUAAAGCAUUUCAUUAGG